AUGGCCAACGAGGGACCACCGAGGCCGAGGCCGGGCGUGGGAGUGGGAGUCCUGGUGACCAGCUGCCGGCAUCCUAGAUGCGUCCUCCUGGGAAGGCGAAAAGGGUCGUUCGGCGCGGGCACGUUCCAGCUUCCCGGCGGGCACUUGGAGUUCGGAGAAAGUUGGGAAGAAUGUGCUCAGAGGGAAACCUGGGAAGAAGCAGCUCUUCGCCUGAAAAAUGUUCGCUUUGCCUCUGUUGUGAAUUCUUUUUCUGAGAAAGAAAAUAACCAUUAUGUUACCAUAUUAAUGAAAGGAGAAGUGGACCUGACUCAUGCUUCAGAACCAAAGAAUGUGGAACCUGAAAAAAAUGAAAGUUGGGAAUGGGUUCCAUGGGAAGAAUUUCCUCCACUGGAUCAGCUUUUCUGUGCACUUCGUUGUUUAAAGGAACAAGGCUACGAUCCAUUUAAAGAAGAUCUGGAUCAUCUGAAAGGAUACAAAGGAAAGUAUUGAUAGAUGAACAAGAAAAACAAUUCCUGA